CAAAAAUUAAUAACGUCACUGGACGUAGAUGAAUGUCACAGCAAAUUAAUAAUGAUGUCUAUAUAUUGUUUUAAGUAAUCUUGUAAAUAAACUUGUCUAGAGAGAUUUCUCAAAGAUUAGAAGAUUGUAUCAAUAAUAUCACACAAUUAACUUUAAUCCGCGAAUUAGAAUGUCUUUAAUGAAAGAUCUCCAGGGGAAAACGGUGUCAUAAAUUUAAUUAUAUAUUUUAUUAUUAUUAUAUAUUAUAUUAUUAGUUCAUAAAUUUUUAUUCUUGUUUAUUUUAUCAAAUUUUCAUAUUCUGGUCACGGCUCAUAACGCAAUGAUGAGCCAAUUCAAUGAUAAUUUCUUAUUGACAAUGCGAACAAAUAAUCUGGUUUGAUUGUGCUUCUGGCAACAGUAAGAGGUCACGUCGUGCGGAAUUGUCGCAAUUCGCGAAUCGUCCCAGGAAUUUAGUUAUCGAUUGUAUGAAUGACACGCUGAUGACGUUUGUGCAUAAAACGAACGUUUCUUCUUUAACGACAAACGAGGCGGAAAAUAACGACGUGCUGCGAAGCUUCAUAAUGUCAUUAAAUUUCACAUUACGCUUGCAUGCAUCGUGAAAAUUCGCUCUUGCUCAAUAAACAUUCGGUGCAUCGGACUGCUAAGAUCGAUCCAUGAGAAGCAACAUAUAAAUAGUCUGAUAAAAAUUGAUACGACAAAUUGCAACGAUCGUAAUAGGCACAGUAAUUAUUUUGUUUGUAAGUGACAAAACUUUACAUAUGUCUUAAAUUUACGAUAGCCACUAAACUACAUCUCCAACGAAACUACCCAACGGACGCGGCAAAAGAGACCUUCUAAACUUCUGAACGUCUUUUGGGUGUCUUUUGGAUUUCUAGUCUUCUGGAUUUUCGCAUACUUGUUUCGAUUUGGGGCGUCGCGACGCGUCGCGUCGUCGCGCAAUAACGCUUGAUAGACAGACGGGUGUCGAAUCAGCAAAUCGGUAAAUCUUGACGUUAACGCGGUGCAUGCGUGUGAGGCACGUAUGCGUGAUACAUCGCUCGCGCGCAACACGUAUAUAUUCGUCCCCGAAAAUAGUUUCCAGCGAAAGGCGACGUACGUUUGACAUGCGAAUAAACCGCAACGUACGCAAACAGUCAUUCGUACGUACGUAAAUACGGUAUACGCUUUUUACCAUUCGCAAUGCCAGGACUAGCUUGAUAAUCAGCAUCGUUUGCACACCGUAAAUCGAGGAUUUUAAUUACACAACUCAUCUCGGAAAAGCAACUGUUCCUGAGUAAUUAUUGAAAUUAUAGUUCACAGUCGUUUUCUAAACACAUUUAGAUAAAAAGCCUGCUGAGAUAUAUUGGACAGAAACUGUAACAUAGAUGCGUGUAAAGAUGGAUGUAUCCACACGUUAUUCGUCAAAAUUCUUUCAACUUUUUUAAAACUAAAAUAUCUUUAAAAACACUUACAUGGAUUGUCUUGGACAAACAGAAAAGUAUAUUUUAAAAGAGACGAAAAUAUUGUUUCAUAAAUAUCUGCUGCGUCUCGAUGGCGACUUGCCUGAGUCAUUAGAAUCGAGUGACGCGGUUUAUGAAAACUGAACAGGGAAAUAGAUUCUCGGUCAAUCUUGCUUAGAAAAAAAAAGAGGAACCUCAGAACAGACGAAGAGUAUAUUGCGUGGAAACAAUGGACGACGUCUUGGCGACAACUUCGAUGUGGAGUGGAUGGUGACAUGUCCAAACGAAAUUCGUGGUGCUCGUAAAAGGCGGCCCGCAUUUACGACGGGUCUAUCAAGACAUUAUAUCACAAGAGCAAUCGGAUGUUUCCUGGCUUUGAACAGUCCUCAGGUAAUGCACAAACAAGUGCCACUGCUUAUUUUAGAGAAUGACGUUAAAAAUUAGUGGUUUAAUCCUCUCGGUAAAUAAUUUUAUCGAGCGAACUUGAAGCAAAACAUGAGAUUGAAAUUUAAUCAUCCAGUCAGCAGAUUUAAAUCCACGAAAGUAAUACGGAGGUAGCGAUCAAGUAGACUGUCGCUCAGAAAAUUAAAAAAUGGUGCGACCGUCAAACCCGCGACUUAUGGCCCGUGUGCUGGACGCAGUGGCCAAUCUUAGUGACACUAAAGGUUCAUCAGCCCGCGACGUUCUUGCUUUCAUCCGGCAGAGCAACAUAUCAGCGAAGAACCUGACGGUGCAGGUGCAUCGAGCUUUAAAACACGCAGUGACCGCCGGGCUCUUACGGCACAGAAGCGGCCGCUACAAGGUAUUGGCUACCCUAAACCCUAUUUCUACCCCUGCAUCACCUGCUAAUAAGAAUCCAGUUAGCAAUGACCAGAAAACCAAGGAAAAGAAAUUAAAACCCGACGUAUGGGCACCUGAGAGUGACAUGAAAUCGUCUCAUCAAACGCAAGAGCGCAAGUACGUAAAAUUGUUUAUGUGUGACUAACACCUGUCUUUUCUUGGAUUCAUUAGUGUGUUUGAUGAUGAUUUACAAGUAUUUCACGUUUGAAUAAGUUCAUUAGCCUCUAUUGAAAGCUGAUAAUGAUAAAUUGUUUGAACAAAAAGGAGACUUAUGAUCGUAAUGCAGAGUUUUCUAGAGAGAAAUUGUAAUAGGUCGUAAUAGCUAAUUUUGCUUCAUAUUCAUAAAUGUAGGAAAGGAUCCACGUCACAAAAACGAAGUAACGGGCAUCACAGCAAAGCGAAAAGAAAAUCUCGUCGUUCGCCGUCUACUAGACGAGC